GUCGAGAGGGGUCGUCAUACGACUACGAACGAUGUCAACAAUGGACGACACAGACGCAAGGUUUACAAACUUAUCGUUGAAAAGUGUGGUUUUACUGAUUUUCUGUUGCUGUACUUGUGUGUGCUUUACCCAAAGAGAUGGAAAUGUGACGAAAGGACAUCCCGUUAUUAUUUUGCCUGGUGAUGGAGGGACCCAACUAUGGGCUUCACUUGAUAAGCCGUCCACUGUCCACUAUUAUUGUCGACAGAAGGAGGCUUUGUUCAACCUAUGGCUUAAUGUAGAGGAGUUGACGCCAUUAUCGAUUGACUGUUUUGUUGAUAAUGCUAGACUUGUUUUCAACAAUGUAACAAAACAUACAAGUGAUUCACCUGGAGUGAAUGUAACAACUGUCAAUUUUGGAAACACAAACUCAGUGGAGUAUCUGGACCCCAGUCAUAUCUCAAUCAGUAAAUAUUUUGAUGGGAUUGUUGCUGCACUAGUUGCUGUAGGUUACCAACGUGGUGUGUCUGUCAGGGGAGCUCCGUACGACUUCCGCAAAGCUCCAAAUGAAGCCAAUGUUUACUUCCAGAAUGUAACCAAGUUAAUAGAAGAAACCUACAGGAUAAACCAGAAUCGUAAGGUAGUUCUAUUAACACAUAGUAUGGGAGGUCUGUAUGGACUGUACUACCUAAAUAGCCAACCUCAGGAAUGGAAGGAUAAAUUCAUUCAAGCAUAUGCACCCAUCUCUGCACCAUGGGGUGGAGCAACCAAAAGCAUUCGAGUUGUUGUAUCAGGUGACAAUGUGGGUGAUGUUGUAGUGUAUGCAUCCACUGUCAGGAAAGCCCAGCGUACAUGGCCUAGCAUAUACUAUCUCAUGCCAUCAGAUAAGUUCUGGAACCCUAAAGAGGUCAUUGUUGAGACACCAAAGAAGAAUUAUACCGUUGCUGAUUACCAGACACUUCUUAAGGAUAUCAACUAUGAAAUAGGAUGGGAGAUGAGACAGGCUGCAAUGGAUCAGGUUUAUGAUCUCAAAGCACCAGGUGUUCCUGUGUAUGGUAUCCAUGGCUGUGAUGUUCCUACUGAGGAGCAUUAUGUGUAUGAUUCUAGUCGUCCUUUCCCAGACUAUGAACCACACAUUACAUAUGGCCAGGGAGACGGCACGGUCAACAUGAGAAGUCUCAAGGGUUAUUUAAAGUGGCAGAAGGAGCAGCAGCAUCCAGUCUCUGAAUUCCAGAUCCCUGGAGGGGAACACGUAGCUAUACUACAAAAUGCAACACUUCAUAAGUACCUCAUUAAAACAAUUCUUCACCUGUGACCUUGGGAUGUCACUCCACUAUCUGUACUAAGUAUUGUUUGAA